UGGGGUGUGUAUGGUGACAGGGUGGGAGCAACGGCGUGCAUAUGGGGCAGGGGCAGGGCUGCAGAGUGCCUAUGGGGCUGGGCCAGGAUCCCUGGAGGGCUUAUGGGGCAGGGCCAUGAAGUGCCUAUAGGAGCAGGCACGGAGCCGUGGGGUACAUAUGGGGCAGGGCUGAGAGGCAUGGGGUGCAUAUGAGGCAGGGGUAGGGCCAUGAAGUGCCUAUAGGAGCAGGCGCGGAGCCGUGGGGUAUAUAUGGGGCAGGGCUGAGAGGCAUGGGAUGCAUAUGGGGUAGGGCUGUGGGGUGCCUACGGGGCUGGACUGGGAGCCUAUGGGGUAGGGCUGAGAGGUAUGGGGUGCAUAUGGGGCUGGGUCAGGAGCCACGGGGUGCCUCAGCAUGCGAGGGCUGCAUGGGCAUGGGGUGGUGUGGGGCUGCAGGGGAGUGGGCGGGCGCAGAGCUGGGGCUGCCAGUGCCCGUGGGGAACGUGUGUCCUGCCCCACAGCAGCCCCUCACCGCCCCCCAGCCAUGGGGCUGCUCUCAGACCCAUACCGCCGGCGGGCGCUGUCGCGGCUCGUGCUGCGCCUCAACACGCCGCUGUGCGUGCUCAGCUACGCCGCGGGGCUGGGCUGGUUCCUGGCGCUGCCCUUCCCGCUCCUGGCGCCCCGCACCUACAUGUCCGAGAACGCCAUGGGCUCCACCAUGGUGGAGGAGCAGUUCUCCCACGGCGAGCGCGCCCUCUCCUACGCCCGCGAGUUCGCCGGGCACAAGAAGGCGGCGGGGGGCAUGCCCGUGGCCUGGCUGGAGAAGACCAUGUGGAACCUGGGCCUGGAGGUCUACAAGCAGCCCUUCUCCCGCACCUUGCCCUUCCCGGAUGAGACCCACGAGAGAUACAUGGUGAAGGGCACCAACGUGUACGGGAUCCUGCGGGCGCCCCGGGCCACCAGCACCGAGUCCCUGGUGCUCAGCGUGCCCUGCAGCGAGGGCCAGCAGAACAACCAGGCCGUGGGGCUCAUGCUGGCCCUGGCCUCCUACUUCCGAGGCCAGAUCUACUGGGCGAAGGACAUCAUCUUCCUGGUGAACGAGCACGACCUGCUGGGCAUGGAGGCUUGGCUGGAGGCCUACCACGACAUCAACAUCACGGAGAUGCAGUCGUCGGGGAUGCUGGGCCGGGCGGGGGCCAUCCAGGCGGCCGUGUCCCUGGAGCUCAGCAGCGACGUCGUCACCAGCUUCGACGUGGCCGUGGAGGGGCUCAACGGGCAGCUGCCCAACCUGGACCUCGUCAACCUCUUCCACGCCUUCUGCCAGAAGAACGGGCUGCUCUGCACCAUCCAGGGCAAGCUGCAGCGCUCCGACGGGGACACGCUGGCGGCCUACGCGCACAGCCUGCAGACGCUGCUGCUCAUGGUCCUCAAGCAGGGCUCCGGGCGGCCGCAGGGCGACCACGGCCUCUUCCUGCGCUACCACAUCGAGGCCGUCACCGUGCGCGGCAUCAACAGCUUCCGGCAGUACAAGUACGACAUGAGCACCGUGGGCAAGACCCUGGAGGGGAUGUUCCGGAAACUCAACAACUUGCUGGAGCGCCUGCACCAGUCCUACUUCUUCUACCUGCUGCCCUCGCUGUCCCGCUUCGUCUCCAUCGGCGUCUACAUGCCGGCCUUCGGCUUCCUCAUCCUCAUCCUCGUCCUCAAGAUAUCCUUUGGCGCGGCAGUCUCAUCCCGGGCAGCGGGGCCCGUGGGGAGGUGCAGAGCUGCUCCUCGGUCCCCUCUGCAGCCCCCCUGCCAGAGGCACGGCCCCACGCAGCCCUCCCCUGCCCCGACCCUCGUGCUGAGGGCACUGCCGUGCGCUGGGGGGGCCGGGGAGGACGUUGGGUCCUGGUUGGGGGGGGGUUUGGGUGGGCGUGGGCGGCCGCUGGAGGCACCGGGCAGCGAGACCAGCACCGCUCCUUUCCCUAACCUGCACGCUCACGCCCUGGACCUGUGGAUGAAGCUGAGCAAAUGCGACGCCGAGCGGCCCUGGGAUGGUGACCAGGGAGCUGCCCGUGCCGCCGCGGAGGAGUCCCGGCCUGGGCUGCUCACGCUGGUGCCUCCCCUGCUCAUCUGUCACGCCACUGGCCUCACGCUCUACUUCUUGCCGGUGCUGGGCCAGCACGUGGCCACGCAGCACUUCCCCGUGUCCGAGUCGGAGGCCGUGGUGCUCACGGUCAUCGCCAUCUACGUGGCGGGCCUGGCCCUGCCCCACAACACGCACAGGGUGCUGGCGGGCUCCGGGAGCGACCGUGGCUGGAUGACGCUGAAGCUGCUGUCGCUGCUGUACCUGGCCAUGCAGCUGGGCUGCAUCGCCCUCGUCAACUUCUCCCUCGGCUUCCUGCUGGCCGUCACCAUGGUGCCAGUCGCCGCCGUGGUCCAGCCCACGGGGCCCAAGUACGCGUACGCGGUGCUGCUGGUGCUGGUCACGCCGGCCGUCACGCUGCUGCUCGGCAUCUUCCUGUACCGGGAGCUGAUCGAGUACCCGGUAUCGGUGCUGGAGUGCUGGCAGCUCUUCCUGCAGGCUGUGGCCGAGGGCCUCCUGGACCACUACCUCUACGGCUCCAUCGUCUUCCCCUUCGUCGCCAUCUUCGUCUACCCCUGCUGGCUGCUGCUCUGGAACGUGCUCUUCUGGAAGUAGCCGGGGCCGCUCCGAGCCCCGAGCCCGCGGGGCCCUGGCCGUGCUCUGCGGGGCCCUUCCCGGGCACAGGCGCUGCGGGGGGCACGGCCGAGCCCCCCGGCACCGCGGGGCAGGACGGGGGCCAGGGCCGGCGCCCGCGGGGGCUGCGCGGGGCUGCGGAGGGGCUGCGGGCGCCUCCCAGAGCGGGCAGCGGCGGGUCUUGUGGCUGGCGGGCGC